GACUGCAACUCCCGUCGGCCCGCGCGCGGCCUCCCCCGAUUGGCUGUGGGCGGCAGGAAGCGGCUGCGGGGAGUCCAACAUGGAAGAGUUUAAAGAAGCAAGUCCACCUGAAGAAUUACUUGGUCACUUAAAGCUUUCUGAUCCGAAGUCUUUGGAGACUGGCCCCAAAGAUGCACAGAAUCCCAAAACUACUGAGAGUGGACGUGCACCAUCUUCAGCCAAAGAUCCCACAACAGCAGAUGAGUGUUUCCAUGACUGUCAUGACUCCUUUGAGGCAAAAGAGCCUGUGCUGGAUGAUGAAGGGAAUUUACAGAAUGAUGAGAAUAGCUCAAGGAGGCAGACAGAACUGGAUGAAGAAUAUUUACUAGAACUAGAAAAAGAUAUGCCAGAGGAAGAAAAACAGAAAAGAAGAAAGGAGAGCACAACACUGAAGGAGAAAGGAAAUGAGCAGUUCAAGAAAGGAGACUAUGGAGAGGCAGAAGACUCUUACACGAAGGCUCUGCAGAUUUGUCCGGCUUGCUUCCAAAAAGAUAGGGCUGUUUUAUUUUCAAAUAGAGCUGCUGCAAAAAUGAAACAGGACAAGAUGGAAGCUGCCCUAAGUGACUGCAGCAAAGCAGUGGAAUUAGAUCCUAACUAUAUUAGAGCUUUGCUGAGGAGAGCAGAACUAUAUGAGAAAACAGAAAAGCUAGAUGAAGCUCUGGAAGAUUAUAAGGCAGUCCUAGAAAAAGACCCCUCAGUUCAUCAAGCCAGAGAAGCCUGCAUGCGAUUACCUACACAAAUUGAAGAGCGGAAUGAAAAAUUAAAGAAAGAAAUGUUAGGCAAACUGAAGGAUCUUGGGAAUUUGGUUCUCCGCCCCUUUGGUCUGUCAACAGAAAAUUUCCAGAUAAAACAGGAUUCAUCAACUGGUUCAUACUCCAUCAAUUUUGUUCAAAAUCCAAACAACAAUAGAUAGCAUUAAUUCAAUCUAGUUCUGCUGGCUUUCAGGCUUCGUGACCGUGUGCUUGCACGUACAAAUAAAAGGAUUCAGCAAACAUUCUUCACACUCCCCAUGUGAAGAUAAGACUCAAGCAUAUUCAUUUCCCUCCUUGUGAAAUUAUUUACAAUGUGGAUGUAAAGCAGGUCUUUUGACUAUUCAGUGAUAAGUGUGCAGUACGUGAUUUUUCUUCCAGUUUUUUUUCUUCCCUUGUGGUGUUUUGAUGUCCAACAGUCCACGUUCAUUAUUUUGACCCAUUCAAUGCUGGCAGCAAAACUCUAGCAAGCAAUUCAGUUGAAUCAAAAUGCUCACGCACCUGUAGCCAAGAACAAAGCCUGAUGGUGUCUUGGGGAAUUAAUGAAUCUAGCAGAAGCACUUCUCCGCACUCAGCAGGUGGAUAUGAGUGACAGCAUGCAUGGAAGUAAGCCAGCCUCUUCUGUGGAAUAAUUUUUCUUUAUAAUAAAGGCUUGGUAAUUCUGUCA